AUGGAAUAUCUCAUGGAACAUCCACAGAGUCGGGAUGCUUCUGCUAUUUAUCAAACCCCUCCAUGCGAGAGGCAUGAUGACGGUGUUCAUGUCACCCAAGUCGGCUUAUACGCAAAUCUCAUCAUGACAGUCCUUAAAGGAGUCUGCGGAUUUAUGCUCAACUCCAAGACCAUGAUGGCUGAUUCCAUCCACAGUACCACAGAUCUCUUGUCAGAUAUCAUGGCACUGGUGGCCGUUAAAUGGAGUCUGAGGCCAGCUACUCCGCAGUUCCCUUAUGGAUAUGGAAAGAUUGAAAGCUUAGGCGCCCUGGGAAUGUCCGCCACACUCCUUCUUGGAGGCACUACAAUGGGUUACUGUAGUCUCUGUGGCAUCGCUGCACGAUUACUUCCAGCUUCUUUGUUUCAUGCCCCCAAUCAGGUUUCUGUGCGCAUGGGCAACUUUGAUCGUCCGUCUUUCGCCGACGAGACCAUGUCUAGUAUGUUGGUACUCGGACUCUCUUUAGCAACAGUGGCAAUUAAAGAGUGGCUUUAUCGAGAAAGUAAGUCCAAACGAAUGGUUCGACUAUUUGAUUGA